AAAAAAGAGUUCCGGAAAAGAAAAGAAAUUGAAGAGGAAAGUUGUGAUAACAUUACCGAAGCCGUGGUUGUGGUUGUGGUUGUCGUUGUGUUUGGGGCAUUACCAAGUAAUGGCGUCCUCCGCUACGAUUUUAUCGUCUUCUCUUCUUCCGGCCAGUGCUCCGAUCUGUGACCGUCAAGACGGCCGACUCUGUCUCUUCCAAGUUGGGUCUGUCCGUGCCAAUAACAGAAGGGCUCGUGCCCCUUUUAGGGUUCAGGCCGCAAAGCCUCCGGCUGGAGUUGAAUUGCCAAAAGUACAGCCGAAAUUUGAAGCCCCGUUUCUUGGAUUCACUAAAACUGCUGAAAUCUGGAAUUCCAGAGCCAGCAUGAUAGGCCUCAUUGGGAUAUUCGUAGUAGAGCUGAUAUUGAACAAGGGUAUACUUCAGGUGAUUGGAGUUGAUAUUGGGAAAGGACUGGAUCUUCCUCUUUGAUUUCCAGAAAGCUUAUUAUCAUCUUGAGAUCCUUUGUGUUUUUUUUUUUAAAUCAAAAUUGUAACUGUAAUAUAGACCUCUCAACUGUAUCAGAGAAUUCUACAUUCUUCAAGUUCUUGUACUUCAUAAGUAA